GGAAAAUACAGGAUCAUCGCGGUUUUCUGUUAUUUCAAGGUGUUGCCCGGUAUUCUCUUCCAUCCUUUCACUUCAGAGACCUUCCAGCUCCGCGAUCGAAGUCGAUGAGAUCUGAGUUCAACGUGAGUCGUGCUCGUACUCGUCCUGACGUUCAGCGUUGCGAAUAUGAUCGAUUCCAAAUUAGCGUUGAAUGAGGAAGAACAAUGUUGUCGGCAAAAGAGACGUCAAGUUGGCUUCGGCGUCGGCAGAACAGCGGCUUCUCUCCAAACGUUCUCGAACUUGACCAAUUCUUCUUGUCGCCGGAAGCAAAAUUGAACGAAGCCCCAAGCAUAUCCGCAACUUAGAAGAGCACCGUGAUGGUUUGUAAGAUGGCCAGGACGAGAGGCAUCCGGGUCUCGCUGCCUGAUGAGUCCCCGCGCGCCAUCAUUCGAAAGGCCUGAAGUUGAGAGUUCUGGUGUUGCAAAAAGCAGUCCAUCAAGGUCGUCCAUUGCUCUGGUCUCUAACCAACUUUUGCAGCCAACUGCCAGUCAUGCCUAUCCCGACAGAAGUAGUUGGCAGUUUGCCGCGUCCUCAGAAAUUGCAGCGAGCGUACGCCGAUUACGACGCAGGCAAGAUUUCCCAGGAAGAAUUUGAGAAGACCCAAGAUGCAGCUGUACAAGACUCACUCAUACGCAUGGCUGAGACCGGGGAGGCAUUGAUCACUGAUGGCGAGCAACGUGCCAGUUCGUUCGCCACAUAUCCGAUCACUGAUACUCUCGGCGGCACAGGGUUGGCAGAUGGCCUCGCGGGUGGUGGUCAGACUGUGGCCUUCUUCGACGAUGGUCAUUGUCGCCAGCUGCCUCGUCUCGCCCGAGGACCUUUCAGGUACAAGACCUACGCGUACGACAACUUCAAGAAGUCGGCACCAUUCGCCCAAGGCAAGGCAAGGAAGACGGCAGUAGUCUCUCCCAGCAUGAUGUAUCUCUUGUAUCCGCUGAAAGAAGAGGUCGAGGGAUACCCAAGAGAGCGAUUCUUGGAUGACCUCGUCAAUGAAUGCGGGAAAGACAUUCGCGGUUGUUUCGAAGCCGGAGCAAAACGCGUUUCGAUUGACUUCACUGAAGGCCGCCUUACAGCCAAGAAUGACCCACGGAAUCCUUGGACAAAUGAGAACCUCCUUCAAACCUUCGUCGACCUCAACAACCGUGUCCUGGCCCGUUUCAGCCCAGCUGAGCGCCAGCACAUCGGCCUCCACACUUGUCCUGGCGGUGACUGCGAUAGCGCCCAUUCCGCCGAAGUUCCUUACCAUACCCUCCUUCCUUCACUCUUCCAAAUCAAUGCAGGCUACUUCCUCAUACAGCUCUGUUCCGAAAAGGACAAGAUCUCCGUGUACAAACAGAUUGGACAGCAUAUUCGGCAAGACGCCGAUGCUGUGAAGCAAAUAGCGUUCGUCGGAGUGACGAGCCCCCAAAAUCCGAGGGUUGAAACUCCAGAGGAAAUUUGUGCGGAAUUGGUCGAAGCUGCGAAGUGGAUUCCGAAGGAUCAGUUGGGUGCGACAGAUGAUUGCGGUUUUUCACCUUUUUCGAUUGAUCCGAAGCCGAAUUUUGUCAAGGGACCUGAUUAUGCGAGAGAGAUUGCGGUUCAGAAGAUCAAGAAUAGAGUCGAGGGGGCGAGGAUGGCGAGCGAGAAGUUGGGGAUCUGACAUCACGUUCUGGAGGAGCGUGCCGAGUCAGAGAGGACGUGAGGUUGAACUAGCACGGAUAUUUGGGCUGACCUUGAUGGAGUGGCCACAAGCAUGUCCAGUCCCAAAGGUCCCCGGUGCUGGGCAGAAGCAGAGGGUACGAGACACUGUCCGGCUUCGAAUAUGACCACGAAUGGCUUGGAACUGAUCAUUCGGGACCAUACAUGGUCUUGCUGCAAGGCUUCGACGACGGAACAGCAAAUGUUCGUCCGCGGUUCCUGUUGUCAGUAUCGACCAGAGACAUGGCUGCAAUGGAACAGAUGGGGAAUGUGGAAUAUGCACUUCACAAUCUUCUGUUGCCUUCGUCAUCGUCUGCAGUCGCGAAAUGUUGCCUCUGCUGCCGAUUGAGCAGUCGUCCGAAUGGCUUCUCUUGCACCCAGCAUCACCUCAGUUUCUGCCCAUCAAUGCUCUCUCAUGUGCAGCGGGCAAGCGUUGACCCACUACUCCUCCACAUUGGAGAGGUACUAGUUCUCUUGAAUGAGUCGUGCCGUUGAUCUGCAUGUAUAUCCUUCCUCGGCUU